UUGUCUCAUAGAAGUAAAUAAAGUUAAAAAAAAAAUUUCAGAAUCUGCUCUUGGGACUCAAUGAGGACAACUACUUCAGAGAGGCUCUACACAGAUUGAAGGAUGACACAGUUCAGGGGAGGACUCAGAGGCUGAAAGACAGGCAGGAUGGGUAGAAGGCAGGGCUUGGGGAGGGACCAGUCCUGGCUCCACCCUUCCUACUUCAGAGUCAUGGGGAGUCCAGGUCCUGGUAGGCCACCCCUGGUGCAAGCACCCUACACUGUUCUGCUGCUACCACUGGGAACAAGCCGCCAAGACCCUGGGGCCCAGAGCUUCUUCCUCUGGCUGCAGAUGAUGCAGGCUCUGGAAAGGGAACAAGAUGCUCUGUGGCAAGGCCUGGAGCUGCUGGAGCAUGGCCAAGCGUGGUUUGCGGACCAUCUGAGGGAGGCACAGCAACGACAGUUGCAUCUGGGGGCCCUUGGUGAGGAUUUUCUAAUGAACUUAGACUCAGAGGCUGACUCCCCACAGCUAACCCAGAUCCAAAAGGUGAACGCCUGUUUGAGCAGUCUGAUUCAGAUGGAGUUGUCAAAGCAGCAUAAAGAAGUCACCCAGUCCAAGGGAGAGGUGUCUCAGCCAGGCUGCCCCCAGGGGCACAGGGGCCCUACCCGUGUGUGAUCCCUCCCCCAUCCCAAUACUGCUGAAU